AUGUCUCUCUUUGGCUCCGCGACGACGACGCAGGCCAACACCACGGUCGGCGACCUCAAGGGCGAUGUUGCGGUCCCCAACCCGCCCGAGGACAGCAUCUCGGACCUGUCCUUCAACCCCAACACAAACGACCCAAAGGACUUUAUGAGCGUGGCCUCCUGGGACAAGAAGGUCCGCAUCUACGAGGUCAACACCAGCACCGGCGCGUCCGAGGGCCGCCUCAUGUACGAGCACAACGCGCCCGUGUUCAGCUGCCACUUUGCCAAGGACGGCAAGCGCGUCGUGUCGGCCGGCGCGGACAACCAGGCCCGCCUGUGCGACCUGGAGUCGGGAAAGAACGACAUUGUCGCGCAGCACGACCAGCCGAUUCGGUCCGUCAAGUUUUUCGAGAUUGACGGCGGCCAGCAGAUGAUUGUCACGGGCUCGUGGGACAAGACGAUCAAGUACUGGGACCUGCGGCAGCAGCAGCCCGUGGCCGCCGUGCAGUGCCAGGAGCGCGUCUACACCAUGGACGUCAAGGACAACCUGCUCGUCGUCGGCACGGCCGACCGCUACAUCAACGUCAUCAACCUCAAGGAGCCCACCAAGCUCUACAAGACGCUGCAGAGCCCGCUCAAGUGGCAGACGCGCGUCGUCACCUGCUUCAACGACUCGGCCGGCUUUGCCAUUGGCAGCAUCGAAGGCCGCUGUGCCAUGCAGUACGUCGAGGAGAAGGACUCGAGCUCCAAUUUCUCGUUCCGCUGCCACCGCGACGCGCCGCAGAACAACACCACGCUGGUGUACGCCGUCAACGACAUUUCCUUCAACCCGGCACACGGCACCUUCUCGACGGCCGGCUCCGACGGCACGUUCCACUUCUGGGACAAGGACGCCAAGCACCGGCUCAAGGGCUACCCGUCGGUCGGCGGCAGCAUCACAUCGGCCAAGUUCAACCGCGACGGCAAGGUAUUUGUGUACGCCGUGUCGUACGACUGGGCCAAGGGCUAUCAGGGCAACAAUGCGCAAUACCCGACCAAGAUCAUGCUGCACCCGGUGCUGCCAGACGAGUGCAAGCCCCGGCCCAGCGUGAAGAAGCGGUAG